CUCCCCCCUCUUUGCACAUCGGUUUCCUAAAAGUGUUAGAUCAGUCAGUUUCACUUUCCUGUCUAGUGCAUUUCUGUUGAUACAGGACAACUUCAGAUCACCUUUGGCUGUAAUUAAAUAAAAAUGAGGUUUUUUCAAUGAAUAGUUUUAUGAUAACUGUAGGGUUUUCUUUGCAGGCAUCUGCUAUACUUUAUUCAAGUUUCUUCUGAUGGAGGAAUUGUUGGUUGCUAGAAGCAUACCACUUAAGGUGAUAGAAGGGCCUGCAGAAAUGAUAGUCUUAAAAUUCAUUUAGGAGGCUAGAAUAUACAGAGGUAUGUUUCAGAUGUGUGGAUAUGGAAAGUUGGGAAGCCUCCCUCACACGUUGGAUGGCUUGUAGAAAACAAACCACAAGCUUGCACUUGCUCCUAGAUUAACCUAAGGCUAAGUUCAUAGCUUUAAAUAAGAUUCACAUAUUUUUAUGGCAAAGAAGAGCCACACAUCCAGGUACCCCUAAAGUUUUGGAACUUCCCACCCCAACGAUAUUUAUGAGUGGCAGACAAGGAAGGUCUUUGAACACUUUUCUCAUGUACAGCAUUCAAAGAUGCCCUGCAUGCUGGCCAAUUUUGAUAAAAAUACCUGUUUCCUUGACUCACCUAAGUCCAUCUUUAUUUUUCUGAGAUAACUAUUUUAGUCAAAAUUUUGUUUGUGAUUGCAUAAGGAGUAGGAUCUCUUCUUCUGUAAAUAUUUUGAGGGAUUGGGGGAAAGAGAAAUGUAUAUGGAAAGGUGUGCAUGCUUCAUAUGCUGUUAAUGUUUGUGUAGCCAAAUUCAAGGUGGAGUAUCUCGUUUCAGUUUGCAUUCCUGGAUAGUGAUUAAAGGGAGUUUGCCACCUUAACUCUGUGGCACUGUUUCUUAAAAAAAUAAAUACCCCAUAUAGUAGAUACAGUGGGGUUCUCUUUCCCUUGUGUUCUGUUGGAUACAUCCUAGUUCAUUUUAGCUUUUGUUGGUGCUGGAAGUAUUGGUUUUUCCUGGUAGGGGACUGCAUGAUUGUAUCUUCACUUGCUUUCUGCAGUAUACUGUUAAAUGAAUCAAACAAAUGACAUUAAGAUAGCUUUUUCACCUCUUGUGACAUAUCUCUUGGGAAGUUUAGAGCUGUACUUAGUUGGUGUUUAUAGCACAGCUGUCAUUUUGAAGUCAGCUUUAUUUAGUCACUUUUAUAACUGUACAUUUGACAUUCCGGUCAUUUUUCGGAAAAGGGAAUUGUUUGAGUACAGUUUGGUGUUUAUUAUGCUGUAAGGGUCUGGCGCUUAAGCUGUUACUGAGUUUAAUUGGGCGGGCUUCUCCUGAUGUAUGUUGACAAAACAAGUUUUCUGACUGAUAGUAUGAGUUUAUUUCCAUUAACACUUCACCUGUUCGAAAUUAUGAAGACAGGUUGUUAGAAUAGGGAGAGUACAAAAUAUAGUGAUUAAUGAACAUGGAAAGCAUAAGCAAUACACUUUCUCAUUUAAUCCUUCAGGAACAAGGUAAUCAGCUGAAGAGGAAGUCUGUGAGCAGUGCAAUAAUUCAGGAAAUGAGAUGUUUCAAAACAAAACAAUCUUGUUAAAAUUAUACAAAAAUGUAAGUGCUUUCCAUUGGGUACUCCAUUGGAUUUGGCAGGAAGAAAGAACAGGCUGGAACUGAAUGCCGAGUGCAGAAACUCAUCGUGAUCCAGUGGCAAAGAAUUGUUAAAACUUGCAUUGACAACCCCCCCCCCCCAAUAUAUUGUUUCAGUCUUGAUAAAGCUUGGUAUAAAGUUAACUAUUACAAGGUUGCAGUGACACACUACCUAGAUGAAGUAACUCCUUGAGGGCUUCUAGCCAUCGCUUCAGGGACUGUCUGGUUUCCUGUGUUUUCAGUGCUGAGUUGAAGUUGUUUGCACAUUAAGUUGGCCUGCACUGAAAAACUAUUUGCAGCAGCAUUACUACAGUAUAAAUCUAUGUUCAACUUUUUCCUCAGAGUGGAAAACAUUUCCUGUCACAACUGUAAGCAUUAGAAAAAUACGUUUCUAUAUAAAUCUACUUCUGAUUUAGUUAUUGCAUGAGUGAAUCUGCCCUUCUCCCCCCCCCCUUCUUUGCUCCAGGGGUGUAUUGGCUUUACCAAAAGGUGGAAAUUAAAGGGACCUUGAAGAAAGACUUCCUUGCACAUCCUAGGGCAGCAUCUUGCUUAGUUAAUUAUAUGCACCAUGAAUGAACCAACUUCUAGUGGAAGUGGGCAAGACUUUGAUGUAUUUAGUGUAAUGGACUGGAAGGACGGAAUUGGUACCUUGCCUGGAAGUGAUCUGAAGUUUCGUGUGAAUGAGUUUGGUGCCCUAGAAGUAAUCACCGAUGAAACAGAGAUGGAAAGUGUUAAGAAGGCUACAGCUACCACAACCUGGAUGGUGCCUACUGCUCAAGAAGCCUUCUCAGAAAAUACAGAAGUACCACAAAAACUGAAGGAAGCUAGCAAGGUUGACGGGCCUCAUUUCUGUGAACGUUGUUUUCAUUCUGGAACCACAGUGGACUUUGUAGCUGGAGAAAGAUCUUGCAGCCAAAAAUGUGCACAUCAGAUUAAAAACAAAGAGCAAAGGGAGGACAACGAUGUCUCGGAAGUCAAUGAUGAGGACUGUUCCAAGGGCACUCAAAAAAGAAAAACCAAAUCGCCCUCAAAAGGAGAAUGUAUGGAAGACAAUGUCAAGAAGUAUGAGGCAAUGGAGGAGAAACCUGAAGGGAGGAUACUAAGAGUCUCUCAGAGAGCCACACGGAAAAGGAAAAGAGAGAUGGCAGUUCUAAAACAGACUUUGAUGUCAAAGGCAAAGAAAACAUGGAGUUGGUCUUCGUAUUUGGAAGAAGAAAAGGCUAUAGCAGCACCACCUAAGAUUUUUAAAGAGUAUCAAUCCUUCCCGUACAACAAAAAUGGAUUCAAAGUUGGAAUGAAACUAGAAGGGGUGGACCCUGAGCACCAGUCAAUGUAUUGUGUGCUUACAGUAGCUGAGACUUGUGGUUACAGAAUUAGACUUCACUUUGAUGAAUACCCAGAGUGUUACGAUUUUUGGCGGAAUGCUGAUUCUUCUGAUAUUCACCCAGUUGGUUGGUGCGAGAAAACAGGACACAAACUUCAUCCACCAAAAGGAUAUAAAGAAGAUGAAUUUAAUUGGUCCUCGUAUCUGAAGAAAUGUAAGGCUCAAGCUGCUCCUAAAUCCUUGUUUGAAAACCAAAACUCAACGGUGAUUCCAUCAGGGUUUCGAGUGGGGAUGAAGCUUGAAGCAGUAGACAAAAAGAACCCUGCAUUCAUAUGUGUUGCUACAGUAACUGACAUUGUGGACAGUCGUUUUCUGGUUCAUUUUGACAACUGGGAUGAGAGUUAUGACUACUGGUGUGAAGCGGCUAGUCCACAUAUUCAUCCAGUUGGCUGGUGUAAAGAGCACAGAAAGACCCUUGUAACCCCUCGAGACUAUCCACAUGCCAAGCAUUUUUCUUGGGAGAAAUAUUUGGAAGAAACUAGUUCUUUACCAGCACCUGCCAGGGCUUUUAAAGUGAAGUCUCAGCUGGACCAAAGAGCUUUUCAGCAGUGGAAGGACACAAUUGCAUACAACACAAAGUCAUUAACAAAGAAACCUUCUCAUGGAUUCCAGAAGAAUAUGAAACUUGAAGUAGUUGACAAGAGAAAUCCUGUACUAAUCAGGGUCGCAACCGUGGUAGAUACUGAUGACCACAGAAUUAAAGUCCACUUCGAUGGCUGGGAUAGUAUUUAUGAUUAUUGGAUCGAUGCAGAUAGCCCUGAUAUCCAUCCUGCUGGCUGGUGUGGGAAAACUGGACAUCCUCUUCAGCCCCCACUUAGUCCUUUGGAAUUGGUAGAAGCUUUAGAACAAGGAGGAUGUCCUACAGUGGGCUGCAAAGGAGUUGGACACAUAAAAAGAGCCAGACAUACGGGCCACCACAGUGCUCUCAGCUGCCCAUAUUCUGAGAUAAAUCUGAGCAAAGAACAUAUCCUUUCAGACCGCUUAAGUGGAGAGAUGCCUCAGAGUAUUCCGCCUCUGCAUUGGAACCGGAAGCCAGAAGCAAAUGAAAGAUCUGCAUCUCCUGUAAUCAGUAAUAGAAAAUGUCCCAGUCCCAUUGUCCUAAAAUCUUCAGCUCAUCUCCAUUCAUCAAAGCAGGAAGACACAGAGGUGAAACCUCUUUGCAAAAAGCCUCUAAUGUUUGAUGUCAAAGAAAAGAACUACAGGGGAUGCCAGGCAACUAAGGAUUUUGCAAAGAAAGAUGGCUGUGCAGGCAGGAAGAUGGAAAAUGAAGAGUCAUCUCUAAAUGAAUCCAAAGACACCAAGGAAUCCAGUAACAGGAGUUCCCAUCCUCAGCCAGUUAUUUUGACCUCGAAGUUGACAAUCCCAGCCUUUCCAUUGCGAUGGGAACAGCAGAGUAAACUCCUUCCUACUGUGGCUGGAAUCCCUGCCAGUAAAGUUUCCAAGUGGAGCACAGAUGAGGUGUCAGAAUUCAUACGGAGUUUGCCAGGCUGUGAGGAACAUGGCAAGGUGUUCAAAGACGAACAAAUUGAUGGAGAAGCUUUCCUUCUAAUGACCCAAACAGAUAUAGUAAAAAUAAUGAGCAUUAAGCUAGGACCAGCCCUAAAGAUCUUCAACUCAAUCCUGAUGUUCAAGGCUGCCGAUAAGAACUCGCACAAUGAACUCUGAUGGAAAAGUGACUACAGGGCAGCUCUCUCCAUUGCAGCUCAUGUUUUAUUCAAAGCACAAAGACUCCAAAGGAUCAUCAAGGAGGAACUCUAUAAGGCGAAAAAUCAGAGUGGAUGGAGUGUUGAUUUUCUCCAAGAGCCUGAGCAAACUAACACUUCUGGGAAGUGCUUAAGCUUUUUAGUAAGAUGCUCUUACAAAAGAGUGGGUACUUGAUGUUUACUGGCUGAUGGCUCUAAUUUUCCCACAACUAGCCAUCCUUAAUUUUAUCGGGGAUCCAUUAACUAAGUUAACAUACUAAAAUUAUGGAAAUAAUAUCCUUUUCUAAGGAUACACAAAAUACACACUUCAUGAAUUUACUUCUUCACCAAUGAAUUCCUUUGUAUCGUUUCAUCAUUUUCAUUAAAAAAAAAAUUGUUCGCAGUUUAAAAUAAGUGGACUACAGUUAAUGAAGACUGUUAACAAGUCGUCUUAGUUUCACACAGCAGCUCAAAUUUAACACUUUGCUGUGUACAAUGAAGCUGAUCGAUUUAUUCUGUUGUAUGAAAACAUUGCUGGAGACCAAUGCUAUGUUUUUUUGUUUUUGUUUUUUUGCAUGAUUAAAGAAGUUUAAUGAAUAUUUCCACCAGCAUA